AUGCCUCGAAAGAGUGAAGGUCGCCAAAGGAUUGAAAUUGUAAGAAUAACAAAACAAAGCAAUUUAUCCGUUGCCUUCAGCAAACGCCGCUUUGGCAUUUUUAAGAAGGCAAGCGAACUUUGCACCCUUUGCGCAGCGCAAGUAGCCAUCAUUGUGUUCUCCCAAAACCAAAAAAAAGUAUACUCAUUUGGGAGUCCCAGUGUUGAAGCGAUUAUAAAUCGCUUUCUAGAACAAAGUCCUGAUCCUUCAAGUUCAAGAACUUCUCAAUUUAUGGACCUUCUCCGCAAUGCCAGCAUCCAGGAACUCCACACUCGGCUCACCAACAUGCUUGCUCAAUUGGAAUCUGAGAAAAAAGCUGGUAAAGAACUUCAAAAAAUAAGGAAAGAGAGCCAACGAAAUUACUGGUGGGAUAAACCCAUUGAGGAUUUAGGACUGGCAAAUCUUGAACAAUUGAAGAUGGCAAUGUUGGAGAUGAAAGAGUUUGCUCAAAAGCAAGUGGAGGGACAUAUGGUAGAGGCCUUUGGUUCUACCUGCGUACGUGGGGUGGAUCUGUCCACGAUGUGAAGGGCUAUGGAUCUCGGUUAAGUUGUAACAUCGACACAGAUAGUUUCAGUU